AGCAAGUAAUUGUCGUUUCCAUAGACAGAUGUUUUUUCGCCAAGCAGCAUUCAGUUUUUUCAGAAGCCGAUUUGGCUUCCAAUUGUCUCAACUCUCCCAAAAGAAGAAACUUUGUUAUGGAGGUGGUUUUGAGGAUUAUAAUCGGAGUUUCAAUCACGGUGAUCCUCAUCGUCUGUGGCCUUUUCUCUCUGCAAAUGCAGCAAUAGUUCUGGGAAUAAAUACGAGCCCCAUCUUAGCUAAAGAAGUGUCAACAGAAGAAAAUCUUAAAAAUGUCGCAGAAGGGGCUGACAUAAUUGGACUACAAAAAAUUGAGGAUGGUUCUGUUGUAUCCAAUAUACAUACAUCUAAGUGGAGGGUUUUUACGGAUCAUGCUAGAGAUUUAUUUCUGCAGGGAAAACUGAAAGAAGCUGAAGGGUUCUUCCUUUCUGCGCUGCAAGAAGCAAAAGAAGGAUUUGGGGAGAGAGAUCCACAUGUCGCAUCAGCAUGCAACAAUCUGGCAGAGCUGUAUAGAGUGAUUAAAGCAUUUGAUAAGGCAGAGCCGUUGUAUUUGGAGGCUAUUAAUAUACUAGAGGAAACAGUUGGUCGUGACGAUAUACGAGUCGGUUCUGCCUUGCACAACCUUGGGCAAUUCUACCUAGUGCAGAGGAAGCUGGAAGAAGCUCGCAACUUCUAUGAGCGUGCUCUGAAGAUAAAGGGUCGUGUUCUGGGACUUAGCCAUACAGAUUAUGCAGAUACCAUGUAUCAUCUUGGAAUGGUGCUGUAUCUCCAAGGAAAAGAAAAGGACGCGGAGGCCCUUAUUCUGGAUUCUAUCCGAAUACUAGAGGAACGCGGCCAAGAGGAAUCAAUCUUGUACCUCAGGAGAUUGCGCUAUCUUGCUCAGAUAUAUUUGAAAACAAAUCGCCUUAGGGAGGUCGAGAAUAUACAGAGAAAGAUCCUGCAUACGAUGGAGUUAACAAAGGGAUGGAGUUCGUUGGAGACGAUAAAUGCUGCAGAAGGGUUGGCCCUGACCCUACAAGCAGCGGGGAAUUUAAAGGAAGCACAAGAGCUUCUUGAAAGGUGUCUUGAUGCUCGGAAAACAUUACUUCCUGAUGAUCAUAUUCAGAUUGGUGAAAACAUGCUUCAUAUUGCUAGGUUGGGAAUGCUCAAGGCCAACAGACUAAGAAAGACGGAUACUUCUGAAGCAAUUGCUGAGCUUGAUAGGGCAAAAGAUCGUUUAAAUGAUUCCAUAAGGAUUGCACAAAUUUUUUUGGAUAAAUUGAUGAAACAAAGGGGGAAGAGGCAAAGUGAAUCCGAAGGAGCUAAAAAGAAUGGACGUGAAGCAUUAGUCAUACUGUUGCAAUCAUUUGACGCCCUUGGGUUCUUGGAGAUAACAAAGAAAGAGUUACGGGAGUUGACGCAGGAUGGGCAUUCAUCUGUUGUUGAGGCUGAAAAUGCACUGUUAAGAUGCAUUUCUGCUUACAAAAGAUUUGGGACUGAGAGGUCAAUUUCCGAUGCUCGCGAGGUUAAGGCGGAGUAUCUUUCAUGUCUGAAGCAUCUCGCAAGCUUGAUAAGCGACAAUGCUACUGAUAGGACACAGCAAUCUAGAGGAAUCAAUCUGCAGGACAUCAAUGAAGAAAUAAAGCGUCUCGAAGCUGAAGUUUCUCCUCGUAGGAAAAGAAAUUGAGCUGGUUGCUGAAUUUUUGUUGCACUGGCAGUGACCGCAAGACAAAUUUUGUGAUUAUUUAUGAAUAAGAAUUGAAGCAGGAAUCAAUAA